AUGGAGUCGUCUUCUCUUCUACUUCCGAUCAUUGACCUUUCGUCGCCGGACAAAAUCUCCACCGCACAAUUGAUCCGCCGGGCAUGUAUCGAUCAUGGAUUCUUCUAUCUCAUGAAUCAUGGCGUUUCGGAAGAGCUGAACGAAAAAGUGUUCAGGGAGAGUAAGAACUUGUUCACUCUUCCUCUUGAUGAGAAGAUGAUGUUGGCUCGCAGUGCUAUUCGAGGUUACUCACCUUUAUACCACGAGAAACACGAACCGUCCACGACUUCCAAAGGUGAUUCCAAGGAGAUGUUCACUUUUGGACCUUCAGAAGGAGUUUUGGAUAAACAUUACCCUAAUAAGUGGCCUUCUCAAGAUCUUUUGCCGCUUUGGAGACCGGCCAUGGAAUGCUACUAUAAAAAUGUCAUGGAUGUUGCCCGAAAAUUGCUUUCCCUAGUGGCUCUGGCAUUGAAUUUGGAGGAAAAAUUCUUUGAACAAGUGGGAGCGUUAAAUGAUAAUCAAGCAACAGUUGUUCGCCUCUUACGUUAUCCAGGGGAGUUGUAUUCAUCUGGUGAAGUAACAUGUGGGGCUUCUGCUCAUUCAGAUUUUGGAAUGAUAACUCUUCUUGCAACAGACGGAGUCCCGGGGCUUCAAGUUUGCAGGAAUAAAGAUAAAGAACCAAGAGUUUGGGAAGAUGUCCCUGGAAUUAAAGGUGCUUUUAUUGUCAACAUCGGCGACCUUAUGGAGCGAUGGACUAACGGGCUUUUUCGAUCAACAAUGCAUAGAGUGGUGCCAGUUGGAAAAGAACGUUACUCGGUGGCUGUAUUCGUCAAUCCAGACCCAAACUGUGUUGUGGAGUGCUUGGAGAGCUGUUGUAGUGAAACAUCUCCUCCGAGUUCAUCAGAAGAUGUUUGCUCGAAACUUGUCUCUAUGAUUGUUGAUAAACUGUUUGGUGUUGUUUAUGUGUGUAAGGCAUGUUUGGAACAUGGAUUCUUCUAUGCCAAGAAUCAUGGAAUCUCGGAAAAAUUAAUGGAAGAGGUUUUCAAAGAGAGCAAAGGCUUCUUUAAUCUUCCUCUAGAGGAGAAAAUGGCUUUACUCCGGCGUGAUUUGCUUGGUUAUACUCCGUUGUACGCCGAGAAACUCGAUCCGUCCGUGACCUCUAUAGGUGAUUCAAAAGAAAGCUUUUAUUUUGGCUCUUUGGAAGGUGUUCUUGCUCAACGUUACCCAAAUCAAUGGCCUUCUCAAGAUCUCUUGCCAUCAUGGAGGCCAACCAUGGAAUGUUACUACAAGCAUGUCCUGUCAGUAGGUAAAAAAUUGCUCGGCUUGAUUGCCUUGGCAUUGGAUUUAGAUGAGGACUUCUUCGAACGAGUUGGAGCUUUGAAUGAUCCUGCAGCAAUUGUUCGCCUCUUACGAUACCCAGGUGAAGUGAUUUCGUCAGAUAUAGAAACGUAUGGUGCCUCAGCUCAUUCAGAUUAUGGAAUGGUUACUCUUCUUUUGACUGAUGGAGUUCCGGGACUUCAGGUUUGUAGAGACAAAUCGAAACAACCACGCGUUUGGGAAGAUGUCCCUGGAAUUAAAGGGGCGUUUAUAGUCAACAUUGGUGAUAUGAUGGAGAGAUGGACCAAUGGACUCUUCCGGUCUACAUUGCACAGAGUGAUGCCUGUGGGAAAAGAACGUUACUCGGUGGUGUUCUUCUUAGAUCCAAAUCCAGAUUGUAAUGUGGAAUGCUUGGAGAGUUGUUGCAGUGAAACUUGUCCUCCAAGAUAUCCUCCUAUCCUCGCCGGCGACUACCUAAAGGAGCGUUUCAGGCUAACCUACGCCACCUCCUAG